GCACAGCAGUGAUAUGGUAUAACAUUUUUUACAGAUUUCAUUUUAAUGGUGCGAAAAGCAUAGGAUUGACCAUUAUCGUCUGUAUGCAAAUAAAUGAAUCUCAAUUAACUCUGACAUAUGAUUUCAUACGGAAUAAUGGAAGAUUAACUUUUUUGCAUGUAACUAGGUUUUUUUUUAAACUUGAAAUAAAACUUUUUUGACGAGUUUUAAGUCUAAUAACGUGCUUUUUGAUGUGAAUGCAUCUUCAUAAUAUUUUCUGGGUUGCAUCUCAAGGCUGUGUAAUAAAUAGAAAAGACAGUGUCCUGGGAUUGGCAUUAUAGUUGUAGUAUUUCAAAGGAAAAUAUGUUUUUAUUAUGAAUUAAUCUGCUGUUGAAGAGAUAAUAGCCAUGCUUCAAAAACUAAUUUCUCUAUUGAGGCAGAUUUAUUCCCGAUUAAAAUUGCGUGAAGUACUGAUAUUAUAUUGUACGCGCUGACAGAAUAAACCAUUUUAUAUCACAUUCUGUACUUUCAGCUCUCGCGUCGUCAAACCAGAUCUUGUAACGUGAGAGAUUACCUACGCUUGCGUAAGCGUUGAUUGUGUGUGUGUGUGUGUGUGUGUGUAUGUGUGUGACCGCGCGCAUGUAUGUGUCCUGUGAUGCACUGACAUCCCAUCCAGGGUGUACCCCAGCCUUGUGCCCUAUUGCUGCCAGACUAUCUGCUGACCAGCAGAAACGGUUCGAAGAUGGAUGGAUGCAUGAGUGUCGAUUUCAUAUCCGAAAUGAAGGAGAGGAUGUCGUUUCCAUGGCUGACUCGUCCAUCACCAUAGAGGACCUCGAAGGGGAGCUUUCGAGAAUCAACCGGAUACGGGACCUCCUGGUCAGGAGGGAGUCGGAGCUGAGAUAUAUGAUGGACGACAUCCAACUCUGCAAAGAAAUCACACGACUGAAAAGGGAGCUUCACAAAUUGGUGUCUGCCCCAGUCCCAUCCGCAGCGACGCACCCUCUUGCAUGUCGAUAUGCGGACCCUGCUGCAGAUGCAGAGAAGUCCAGUGAGGACAGGGAGAAGGAGACGGAGCUUCUGUGGCAAAUCCAGAGACUGGUGGAGACCAGGGACUUCCUGGUGGAUGACGUGGAGCUGGAGAGGCUAAGGGAAAGAGAAGAGGACAAGGAAAUGGCAGAUUUCCUGCAAUCCAGAUUCCCAAGGAGCCUGAUGGGAAAAGGCAUCUCCCCCAGCGGGGCGACGUCCUCCAAGGAGCGUCAGUCCUCAUCCCCGUUGGUUCCCAAGACCGGACUCACCCUGCUGAAGGAGUGCUGCGGGUUCAACUGCACGGUCAUGUAGGGCGCCGGUGCGCUGCAGGAAGCCGCAGUGCUCACAUGGGACCGUGACAACCUCCUCUGCUGAUAAUCCAACCGGUGCCGUCAUCUUUAUAUCUGGCGUCUUUUGAUUGGCAGAGGACUUGUGAAGACUGACACGCUACAGUCCAGCAUUUGGAGGAAGAUGCAUCAGCGUUGUACUGAUGAUUCAUGGAACCUUGAUGGAAUCGUAGACGCAUUGAGAGGUUCCGGCGUAACCCUGUUUACGCCUCUUCCUCAUUUCUCCAGUGAAGCCUCAGAAAUUUCAUCACACUGCAGGUGACCCUUAGCUAUAAACAAACCUGAGCUUCUCAAUAACAAACUGCAAACCUGCAUAAUUAUGAAUCGAAGACCUUUACUGGGGACAUGCCAGCAUCGAGAGUCUGACUGUGCGCACGGCGGGGACGCCGCUUUAACCCAGCAGCUGCUUGUGACCUUGAGAUGCCCUCCACGGGUCCACCAGCUCCGUAUCCCACUGACCCUCUGCGGUGCCAGGCUACGUUAUGCAGAACCUUCAGCAUCCGGGCACCAUACAGUGCGUGGAGAUCUGGAAAACCACCCCGAUAACAGACAGACUGCCUUUCAGCAUGGUGGCCAUACAGGAUCUCCCGACGACAGCCCUGCUUUCCUAUUGGUCGGUGCUGGGAUCCCACAGUCUGCUUCAUUACAAGCACCUGAAGCCCUUUUCCUGUAUCAUACUGUUUUGAAUGAUUUUUGAUUGAAUGAAUUUGAAUGGAGAGGCAGAAGGAACAGGCAUUAAAUUUGGACAUUUUUCUGUGCAUCUGUAUUUAACGACCCACAGUGUUCUAGCUUCUUUUGCGAAAAUCUGAUUUGUCUGAAGUUCUGUCGUAGUUCACUGUCGGUGCACCAGCUGGUGGUUUCUAACCUGCUUUUGAAUGAAUUAAUAAGCAUCACUUCAGUACUGACUGCACAGUCGGAUUGUAUUAAUCUGCUAGUCUCUCUCCUCUUGUGAAUAUUUUCUGUGUUAUUUCAGAGGGCAGACGGCAGCAUCUGAUAUUUUGAAUCGGUUGCAUCUUGAAUAGCAUUGCAAUUUGAAUAGCAUCUCCAUGGUUACCGACCAUUACAGUUAUUUCUGAGCGUAACGUAAUGUUGGAGUUCUGUAAAACGAACAAAAGCGUCAUAAUUUACCAAGCUACACUGUGGCGUUUCUGAAUAUCCUGACCUUUCAAAUACAUACAGAUGCCACCCUGCGUCGAAUGAAUAAAUAAUUCUUUCUAAUUGU